AUAUAUGUUUUUUAAAUUAUGUAUGAACUUUUUAAGGUUUCAAAAUCAUAUCAGUAUGAUAAGUCUUGAAAAGAUAAAUGUUUUAAUUAUGUAUAUAUAUAAUUAAGUAUUUAUGAUUAAAUAUAAUUAUAUUGACUUUUGUUUACAAACAUAACUUUUGAUUUGAAUAUUGUAAUGAAUGAUAACAUUAAAAUGUCUAGAUAUGACAUGUAGGAUAUUACUGAAUAUAUAGUCAAAAUUCCAUUUACCAAAUGCUAGUGUGAUAACUAAUAUGUAUUAUUUUCUAAUUAAAGUUUGAAAUAGUUGUAACAUCUAUUUACUAUCACACUGUCAUAUAUAUGUUUUUAUUCCUACAUAUUUAUCUUGUUGGUAUUCCUCAGUAUUCUCUCUUAUGAUGUGACUUGUCUUUAACUGUAUCACUUAUCAUUUAUCUUUCAUUCUUGUGACGUGUUUAUGUACCAUUUUAGUUUCCUCUCCUCAAUCUAUCUUUGAUUUGUUUAACCUACAGUUUGUUUUGUAUACCUGCUUUUGAUAUAACUAAAAUAUUUUUUUCUAUCUUAUUCAAACUUGUUCUUGUAAAACCUCUAAUACUCUAUGUGUAAUUACUACACAUGUUGUCUUUUUUUCCAUGUUUAAUUGGCUUUUUAGGUUGACCAUUAUUUUCUCAACUACUUUAUCUAUAAUUGCUUUCUAAUUUAUUGAGCACUUUGUGCACGAAGCCCAUAGGCUCAAAUUUCAUGAGCUUGGCACACAAGAAUCAAUUGGAAUAAACUUUGGUGAGUUUUAUUUUAAGUCUAAAAUUGUCUCCAAAAUACAUGAUUCACUGAAUACAAAAUUAUACUAUGGAAGUACUUCUUUGUAAUUAUACUUUAUACUAAUUACCUUUUUGAGGUCUUUCAUAGUCUCCUUCAUUGAGUAAUAAUGCAUAUUCUAAAUUUGUUUAUCCACACAUUUUUAUGAAAGAAUUUGUUUUGAACAGCUCCAUUGUGGUUCAUUUUUAAAAACAAUGCAAAUGUAAAUAAAUACCUACAUAACCUCAAUUCUACAGUUUGUAUUUAAAACGCAAUUUUCAAAAAUGUAUUUGGUGUUUGAGCAUUUUGCCCUUUUAUCAUUACUUCAUCAUUACAUAAUUCCUAAUUAAUGUUUCGUGAUUUUUGGCGCAUUUUUUACAAAAAAUGCACUAAAUGCGCGUUUUGUCCGUCCGUCCGUCUGUAGCAGCGAUAUCUUCUUACAGGAAACAUGUAGUGAGCUCGUUUUUUUUAUAUUUAACUUAUGUAUCCUUUCAAUGAAAUAAGUAUUUUUUAAAAAUAUUUACUGAUUGCUAACUGUGCGUUAUAGUCUCUCGCACCGAGAAUGCGACGACUUUUUUACUUGUUUUGUCAGUUUCUUUGUUGAAUGGAAUUUAGUAGACAUGUUUCCAUAUUUAGAUGUAACUGUUAUCAAUGACUUUAUUACUACUCUUAAUAAACUUAAUUCUAUAAUCUUUUCAAAGCUAAACAUUGUAAUUGAAGGUACCCGUUUACAUCAAACAAACCUUUGCAAUGUCCAAAAUUCAACGGGAUUGAAAAUAAUAUUGUGAAAUGUGAUUCUACACAAACAUUUAGUGGAAAACUAUUUGUUUGUAUGUAGAUAUCGCAUAAGAUUCUCUAAAGUUUCUAUUUUAAAUAUGUUGGAAAUUAAAAUCUGACCGCGUCUAAUAAUUGUUACCUCAAAUACCACCUUAUAACAGUUUGCAAGAUUCCAAUGAUACGCCUCGAAUUUGGAACACCCGGUACAUAUUUGUUUGUCAUAUUAGUAAAUAAUGUACAUGCACGUAUUAAUACAUUCCUCAACAGAUUGUUUGCAACUGAAUCAUUGACGUAUUUCAAAUGAUGACGCGAAUUAAAUGAACGCGCGACUUUAGUUUAAUAUUAUUUUGACACCAUAUAUACACCAAUGAAUUUAAAAUUUCAUUGAAGUUAGUUAGCCAAUAAAAAUUCAUUUUAUCGCAAUAUUACAUACAGGAGGCAGUUAAAAAACAAUUCAUGACCCCUAGCAACAAAACAAAUAUUUGCCACACAUUGGUAUUUCUUUAAAUUAAAAUCAAUAAAAUAACAUAAAAUGCGAGAAAUUGUUCAUAUUCAAGCUGGUCAAUGUGGAAAUCAAAUUGGUGCAAAAUUCUGGGAAGUUAUUUCGGACGAACAUGGAAUAGACCCCACAGGAACGUAUCAUGGUGAUUCUGAUUUACAGUUGGAAAGAAUAAAUGUAUACUACAAUGAAGCUACGGGGGGAAAGUAUGUGCCUAGAGCAGUAUUGGUGGAUUUGGAGCCUGGUACGAUGGAUUCUGUCAGAUCCGGACCUUUUGGCCAAAUCUUCAGACCUGACAAUUUCGUCUUUGGUCAAAGCGGAGCAGGAAACAAUUGGGCAAAAGGUCAUUACACAGAAGGAGCGGAACUUGUCGAUUCAGUUUUAGAUGUAGUCAGAAAAGAAGCUGAAGGUUGUGACUGCAUGCAAGGAUUUCAGUUGACUCAUUCACUAGGAGGAGGUACGGGGUCCGGCUUGGGUACAUUACUAAUAUCUAAAAUAAGAGAGGAAUAUCCAGAUAGGAUUAUGAAUACUUUUUCUGUAGUGCCAUCACCGAAAGUAUCAGAUACAGUUGUAGAACCAUAUAAUGCCACGUUAUCAGUUCAUCAACUGGUAGAAAAUACAGAUGAAACUUACUGUAUCGAUAAUGAGGCUUUAUACGAUAUUUGCUUCAGAACAUUGAAGCUCACGACUCCAACUUACGGUGAUUUGAAUCACUUAGUAUCUGCUACAAUGUCUGGAGUUACCACAUGCCUAAGAUUUCCCGGUCAAUUGAAUUCAGAUUUGAGGAAGUUAGCUGUAAAUAUGGUUCCCUUUCCACGUCUUCACUUUUUUAUGCCUGGUUUUGCUCCACUAACAUCCAGAGGUAGUCAACAAUAUCGAGCUCUUACUGUUCCCGAACUCGUGUUGCAAAUGUUUGACGCUAAAAAUAUGAUGGCUGCAUGUGAUCCUCGUCACGGAAGAUAUCUAACUGUUGCUGCAAUAUUCAGAGGUAGGAUGUCGAUGAAGGAAGUCGACGAACAGAUGUUGAAUAUUCAAAAUAAGAAUAGCAGUUAUUUUGUAGAAUGGAUUCCAAAUAAUGUAAAAACUGCUGUUUGUGAUAUUCCACCUAGAGGUCUAAAAAUGUCCUCUACGUUUAUAGGAAAUUCUACUUGUAUCCAAGAGUUAUUCAAAAGAAUAUCAGAGCAAUUCACAGCCAUGUUUCGAAGAAAAGCGUUCUUGCAUUGGUAUACUGGAGAAGGAAUGGACGAAAUGGAAUUCACCGAAGCGGAAAGUAACAUGAAUGAUUUAGUGUCCGAAUAUCAACAAUACCAGGAUGCAACUGCAGAAGAGGAAGGUGAAUUUGAUGAAGAAGAAGAGGGCGACGAAGGUGAAAAUUAAUCUUUUUGUGGAACAUUUUCAAAUCUUUCAGUAAUUUUCUACUUGUUUGGUAUUAUAUUGAUGUAACUUAACAAAUUUUGGAGGCUCCUUAUAAAAUAAACUUUCAACUUUCA